UAGCCAUCUGCCUUCGCAACAGCCAUCCGCGGCUGUUCGGAUCAACGACGACCCGCCGCCUCACCGACAACUUCCAACCUGACCAUUGCACUCGGCAGACACUCUGUGGUGUUGGUCUCCGGAAACGAUCACUCAUCUCAGCACUUGGAUUGCAAUCGAUCUUUUCGUUGACAUUUGCGUCGCUAUGGUUGUCUCCGAACUCGCUGCCGCGACUAUGAUCGCUGUCUGUGGCUUUAGAAAUAGCUACCGCAUCAUUCUCAAAGGAGAACGUCUUAUUCGCCGCAAGAUACGGCGGCCAUCUUCAAUUGUCGAAGGGUACGACUCUUUCCCCCGAUAUUUUAUACGUCGCGUCUUCCGCGCAGGCCUUGUCAUCGCUAUGCGCUGGGAAGGCCGAGCAAAGAACGCUGCACAAAUGGCUGCCGACGCCCGCAUGCGUGCGCGCUCAGCUCAAAAGGCCGUUUCUUCUCGAGUCGAACAAGCGCGUCAUCGCGCAGAGGACGUGCGCGCCCAAGCCCAGGACCAAGCCGCCGCCAUGCGCGAACACGCUGCGCGGGCACGCCAACGCGCAGAAGACGUCCGAACAAAAGCACGAGAGUCUGCCGAUCGUAUUCGAGAUACCGCUGCUUCUGCACGUAAACGCGCGGAUGACUUGCGUGCCACUGCCAGUGAGUCGGCGGAGAGAAUGAGAGGGCGGGCAGCAGACGCACGACAGAAGGCCGCACAAGUAAGAGAUGCGGCUGUUAAGGCGAAAGAAGCGGCCUUCGCGGCGAAAGACCGCGUCGUGGAAAUUAAGAAUAGGGUCAGGGAACGCGUCUCCCCGGCGAAGGCUGCGGAAGUAGGGGAGGUGAAGAAAAUUGAGGGGAACGGACAAGCCCAAGGACGAAAGCGCAAGGAUAGCAGUACGUGCGAGAAGAGGACAUUUCAUUCGAGAGGUCUGGCAGAGGUCGGCGAGCCUGAAAAGCGUCUUCUAGUGAGGACAAGGAUUUUGUAGGCCAGUGUUUUCGGUUUCGAAGAAGUUUUGGUGCUGUAUCGUGGUGCGCUUAAGCGCCGAAGAGGGCAGCUCUUCUCAGCGUGGCGAUGAACGUAAUGCUGCGUUUGGUGAUCCUAGGGAUUGACACGAAGCUGCCCUGCACAUGCGCCGUUCUCAUAUGUCGUUGUGACAUAUCCCGCCGUCUGGAGCGAAGGGAUGCGUAUCAUUGGUAUCAUUUAGCGCACGGCAUCAAACGAGUGUCAAUUAGGGCCGUCAUUGCAACCCCUCAUUGGGUGAAAAGAGCUCGUGCCAGAACACCGUGAAUGCUUAAUCAUCCGCCAAAAAGAGAAGCGCAGGCAGUUAUUUAUGCGCUACGCAUGUUGUUCUCGCAACCAUGCGCAUUCUUUCAAACGUACAUCAAAAAGGCCGAUGGAAUUGGCCAAGUAUUGCACUGGAGUGCCGCUUCACAUUUCAAAGCCCUGCACCGUAGGUAGACACCAGAGACACAGACAAACGUCCACAGAAAACCCUAAGAGCAACUGAGCACAUAAAUGGAUAAAUAGAGGAUCUCUUCAUCU